CCCUCUCUCUGUCUAUCCUUCCUUCCAUCAGUCCUCCAACUGCAGUCUGCAUACAGGUCCAUUCUGCUACUGCUGCUGCUGCUGCUGCUGGGUGAUAGGAGUAAGUGGGAGGAACAUUUCCCCCUGCUUUGGCUGAGAAAAAAGGAAAAGAAAUGACGAGACAUCCUCUUAGAGCUGCAGAGGCAGGGUUACAUUUGGCAUCCAGUUUCCUGCAUUGCACAAUAUCUCCCGUAUACUUGGAGAGAUAAAAAAGGAGAGGAAAAGGAGAAGCUGUUGGACGAGAAAGGAAAAGGAUAAGGUGAGACACUAAAGAGGAGAGAAAAGAGGGGUACGGGGGUUACAGAGAUUAAGAAGGUGAGGGAGAAACAGCAGAUUGCAGGAGAGAUCUGAGAGAGGGAGGUGUGAGAAAAGAGUGGGAGUCAAGAACUUGAAGAUGGAGUGAGUAGGACUGCAGUAGAAUGAGGAAACGUAAAAUAGAAGCCGAGAAGAAGCUGAGUGCACGCCCCUUCGCUUUCUGAAGAAGCCAGAGGACAGCAAUCCACAGUGGAGGCGAGAAGGAGACGAAGGAGGGGGCCCGAGGAGGAGGAAGCCAGAGGUUCAACGCUUAAGAUGGCUGCUGUGUCCUCUGCCUCUGACACCGGGGACCACCGGGGUCGACACCCCCCUGAGCGUCGGCUGCUGAUCCUCGGUGGGCCCCGGUCGGGCAAGACCUCCUCCGCCAACACCAUCCUGGGAGACGAGAUGUUUGACGCCGGGAUAGAGACGACCCACAGCAACGUGGGUCAGAUGGAGAUCUACGGCCGACGGGUCACGGUCGUCGAUACUCCAUCUUGGGCCAUCCUGACGGAUCAUGAGGACGAUGAAGAAACCGACACAGACGACAAUGCCGGCGCAGAGUCUGACAGCCCCGCUCGGCCUCCUCCGAGCCUAGACAGCGAGGGCCCCUGCAUGGGGGCCAUCCUGUGCCCCCCUGGACCACACGCCAUCCUGCUGGUGGUGUCCAUCACCCAGCCCUUUGGGGACAGAGAGAGAAGAGCUGCAGACGACCAGCUGGGAGCUCUGGGCGGAGGGACCUGGAGGUACUGCAUGGUCCUCUUUACUGGAGUAGACCAGCUGCCCAAAGGCGUCUUCAUCGAGGAGCACAUAGCCAACACCGGAGAGGCCCUGCAGUGGCUGGUGGAGAGAUGUGGAAGCAGGUAUCAUGCCUUUGAUAACAACCUUAAAGAAUCAGAGGAGAACACCCAAGUACCUGAACUGAUGGAAAAGGUGGAGGAAAUAGUCACAGACAACCAAGGCUGGUACUUUGAGGUGAAUGAAUUGAUCUUGCUGGAGGAAGAGCAGGCCCGGAGAGCGCUGGAGGAGGAGAGGAUGAGGAUGGAGGAGCACGCCAGGCAGAGGGAGCAGAUGAUCGGAGGACCUCCCCGUGAGUUGAGGUUGCUGCUGCUGGGUUGGAAGGGCGUCGGGAAGAGCUCGGUGGGGAACUCUAUCCUGGGCCGUCGUUUCUUCGAGUCGGGUCAGGAGACGGAGCUGUGUCUGAGAAGGCAAGCGCUUGUGUGCGGCCGCCGGGUCACCAUUGUGGACACCCCGGGCUGGGACUGGUUUUCAGUUAGCAGGACCCCGAAGCGGAUCCGACAAGAGUCUCAGCGCGGGGCCGCCCUCCUCCGACCGGGGCCACACACCCUGCUGCUGGUCCUCCCAGUCGUCUCAUCCCUCACGGCCAGGAAGAGGAGGACCCUGCUGGCUCAUAUCGAGACUUUGUUCGGAGACAACGCGUGCCUCCACACCAUGGUGCUGUUCAGCUGCGGCGACUGGCUGGGACACACGCCCAUCGAGGAGCACAUCCUCCGGGGAGGAAGGGAGCUGCAGAGACUGCUGGAGUACUGUGGGAACUAUUACCACGUCCUGGACAGUAAGACGCCCGGCAAGGACAGGAGCGUGUCUCUCCUUCUGGACAGGAUAGAAGAGAUGAUCAGGGAGAACGGCGACAGGGCCUUCCUGCCCAUCCAGACAGAGUGGUUGAGCGAAGAGAGCUCCUACUCCUCAGACAACACCGAACCGGAGGACGACUGCCGGGGAUGCCAGCUGCAGUGACCAAGCGGCCCCGAUGUUGGCGGGGAGCGUUCCCUCCCGUUGUCUUCAGUAGACCCCAAACAUCACCUCAUGUAUCCCUCCACCUCAUCCCUCGGUAAUUCUGACGAGAUUCAGGGAAGAACAAGAAAUGGUUCAAGAACAAGAGUUGUGACACUCAGCUCUUUGUUAUAAAGACCAUACCCACUGUUCACUCAGCUCAGCAAAACUCGGCCUUUACUAACCCCACCUGAACACCAAUGGGAACAGACACUCUGCUGCUGUUAAAGAGACAUCUGUAAUAUCUAUUUUGAUUCUGAUUAAACCGCAGUGGGUGUGGGAUUCCUGAUAUGUGGAAGAGAAGAUGGUGCCUUCAUACUGUUGUCUCCGACUGCAGCGGGUGUACAAAGGUGAAGCAGAAACCGUGCUUCACAGGCGCAGCUUUCAUCAUGUCUGCUCCGCAUUCAUAUCCUGGAUAUUAAAAUUGCCUUCAUUAGAGUAUGAUUAGAGUCUGCUCAGGGAGUCAGGGGUUGAACUGAUCCCUUCAGGGGAAAACAGGACACAUUUAGAGAAAACGCAGAUCGACGCUGUUUGCCAAAAUGAAGGCGGGAGUCAUGUCACGAAUCCAUCAGGAGAAAUUCCUUGGGUUUAUAUGAAGCACUUAAAAAAUAGAAUUAAUGUAAAACAGAGUGCAUUCUGUUACACCGUUCCUUAGCCUUCUUUCUCAAGGAGAACAAAAGAGUGGAGGGAAACCUGCAGCCAAAACCAUGCAGCCUCAGAUCCCAGCGGAGCAGCAUAGGCCGUCAUGCAUCCAGCGCAAAUAUCGACCAGGUAGAUUCAUCUCCGUGCCUCAGCAUCAAAGCGUGAGGGAGCCAACCAAGCGGCUGUAUCCUUAAAAAUGCUACGACAAGCUUUCGCAUGCUACACAAACUAAAUAACCUCAUGAACCAUUCAGAGCUUUUACUACCUGCUAACCUUUUUCUACAUUCACCACACAUCAGUCCCUUACAUGCUUGGUGGUGAUUCUUCCUUUUUUUGUUUGUUUUUUUGAUGACCUUAAGUAAUAUUUAAAUGUAUAUUGAGCUGUCGGCGGCAUGUAAAGACACCGCAUGCGAACAAAGAGUGCCUAAAGAGUCGAAGGCAACCUCACUUCUUAUUCUUCUUACUCUUGUCGUGACUGUUUUCUGGCCCUUCCACCUCAUCUUUCACUAAUGUGAGAGAACGUGGAAGAGGGAGGGGAAGGAAGUUAACAGACAUAGAGGUAGACGCCUGUUCAGAAAGUGACGGACACCACUGCCAGGCAGCCGAAUCUCCUUUUUCUAUACAUGACGUGAAGAACAAAAGACCCCCCCCCCCUUCCUGCCAGCCUAGCCCUGUCUGUGUUUCACUGACUCCUGCGCUUCUCUUAGUGACGUAGGCUACAGCAGCACUUAUUGUGACGAGCAUGCCUUUAAACCUACCAGGAUGUGGCAAAACUCUCACUGUGAGUCUUGCUUUACUUGUGAACAUGUGUAUAAUUGCAAUGUGAAAAUAUGUGAAAGCUUAAGCUUAUAGCAAAGCAUUUUGCACUGUGUAAGUUCUACCACCUUACUGCAGCCAAAGUGACGUUACUGACUGUGGUAAAUCUUGUAUCGCCAUCAGAACUUUGUUCAUCCUCUGACAACAAUAAAAGGUUCUAAUAUAUUGCUGGGUA